CUUUUUCUUCCCCCAUGCAAUUCAACAACUACCCUUAAUAUAUAUCAUCCCAUCUCCCAAUUUUUCUCCCCCGCUUUGCCAGCCAUAGUUUCAACACAUCCUCCAUUACUCUCUCCAUACAUACACAAACACAUAGCCAUACAAAACACGCACACACACAUAUAUACACCUAUUUAUCCUCGUUCUUCUUCUAAUUAACGAAGAAUGAGGAAGCCGUGCUGUGACAAGCGGGACACAAACAAGGGAGCAUGGUCAAAGCAAGAAGACCAGAAGCUCAUCGACUACAUUCGCAAGCAUGGCGAAGGCUGUUGGCGUACUCUCCCCCAGGCAGCCGGCCUGCUUCGUUGUGGUAAAAGCUGUAGGCUGAGAUGGAUAAACUAUCUGAGGCCUGACCUCAAAAGAGGCAACUUUGCUGAGGAUGAAGAAGAUCUCAUCAUCAAACUCCAUGCCCUUCUUGGCAACCGGUGGUCUCUUAUUGCCGGGAGGUUGCCUGGACGUACCGAUAAUGAAGUGAAGAACUAUUGGAACUCUCAUCUACGAAGGAAACUCUUGAAAAUGGGUAUCGAUCCCAAUAACCACCGACUAAAUCAUAGCAUUCGUUGCUCAACGGCUCAAGCCCCCUAUAAUAAUGCCUCCAGCAGUGCCACCUCAUCAACUUUAAAGGUGCGUGCUCCUUCAUCUUUGAAAUCCCACGCUGAUAAUGAGAAGGAAUGUGGUGACAGAAUUUCUCCAGAUGAGGUCCCCGAUUUGAACCUCGACCUCGCAAUAAGCUUUCCAUCUCCUUCACCAGUUAAAGUCGAAAAGGAGCCGAACCCUACCAAGUGUAAAGCAGAAAGUGGCUCGCUAAGUGCACAGUCUCCUACUUUGCUUCUCUUCAGAUAAGUCAUGAAUCAAUUCAUCCUGAUUUUGAGAUCACUAAGCUUAUCGAGGGGGCUUGAUAAGAAUGGAAAACAUUGGAGCAUACCAGCAUCAGCAAGUUACUGCCAGAUCAAGAUGAAUGGAAUACUAUCUUAUUGAGCAAUUUUAUUCAUCAAUAUAUUCGUGUUCCCGUCUGUGCCAAAUUUUACGAUCUGAAAGGAUAAUAAACCCUUAUCAGCUCGUCAGCCUCAACUGGAGAUGAUAAUCGCAAAGUUGAUCUUCGGUUUAGAGGAGAUAAACAAGAUCAUGAAGUUCUACAAGGCUGGACGAUCAUACGAAAGGCAGUGCAAAGAUUUUGAGCUGUGAUCCCAGUCUCUAGUGAGACAUGUUAUUGAUCCAUUAUAUAUGUUAUCAAUUUAUUCCCCGAAUAAAAAAAAGACAAAUAUGCAUUGUAUUGUAAGAAAUAAAAAGUAAAUAUCAUCAGUUUCUAUCUUUUUUUUCCA